AAAACAAUUCCAAUCAACUGUAUUUUGACAGUGGGUCCAGUUUUCACCUCACAAAAUUUAUCAUUUUGUAUUGAUGUAAAUAAAUUCAAGUGAGGCACACACUUCUUUCAUUUGCAACCAAUACCGGACAUACCUGCAGUUAUUAUUUAUAGUGAAUGGGAUGGGAAUAACACUUAAACCCUUUCAAAAUGUUCCUAUGUGCCAGCCUCACAAUAUUUUCACGUCUUCGUGCAUUGAAAACGUUUUUUAAUACCUUUCUUCUAUGAUAACGAAAUGUGGUUAUUGUGACAGUUCCCAUGUUUUUGCAAAUCAUAGCUAAUUCCAUUAAUCAUGGCAGAUUUAAUUCAACAAUUGGAGUCGAAUGAUACUCGUAUUGCGGAGGAGAUGAAAGAGAAAUUCCACGAGCACUUCAAAUCAGUACAAGACAACUGGUUGCUUUAUAGUAUCUACGAUUACUAUAUGGUCACAAACUCGGCUCGGUCAAUAGAAAUUAUGGUUAACGUGAAAGAGCCGCAUUACAACUAUUUAUUUAACAAAUUAAGUGACACUAUUAAGGGUUCCAAAUCCGAACAGAAAGUUCAAGCGCUCACCUUACUAGGCCACAUUCUAAGAAAGGAACCAUUUUGGUUGUACAAAAUAACGGAGCAUCAUCUUUUGAAAGAUUUACUUAAGCUGUUGAAGACCGAGUCUGAUAUCCUUUUACUCUUAAGUGCAUUACUGGCUUUGGUUGUCUUACUACCAACAGUUCCGUCUCGUAUGGGCCAGUAUCUUCAAGAGGUUUUUGAAAUUUUUAGCCGUUUAGCCGCAUGGAACUGUAGUAAUCCGGAAAAAUUAGUCGAAGAGCAGAUGAUACACAUGCAAGUUGCACUAUAUGCACUUUUCCAACGACUGUAUGGAAUGUAUCCUUGUAACUUUUUGGCAUACUUACGUAAUCAAUAUCGAAGCAAGGAACAAAUACCUAUAUUCGUUCACACUGUUAAGCCUAUGUUGGACACUGUAAAAAUGCAUCCUUUGCUUGUCACCGCCUCCAAAGACAAAGAGACGACAACUGAAAGAUGGAAGAAGAUGGGAUCACACGAUGUAGUUGUGGAGUGCGAGAGAUUUUCGCUUGAUGUAGCUGAGCGCUGCCAACACGACUCUUGUUAUUUAACAUCAUCAUUUCGUUCGAGAUCGGGCACAACAAACUCCACCACUUACGCAGAAUCAACGAAUCAAUUACCAAAUAUCAAAAGUACAUCCAUUGCAAGUAUAGCAUACGAUGCUAAGGACUUCUUUAGCCCUAGCAUGAAACUGUAUCCAAAAUCCCCACCUGUUCAGGAUUCAACUAUUAUAACCACUAUACCUCAAGUGCAGAAUAUUGCUCCAGCUUUAAUAGGUAAUGUUAGCACCUCGCAGGAAGGAACGUCGCCGCCUGAAGCGGCAAUCGAAGCGACUCCGGAAACCACGCCAAUCAAAGAUCUAGGAGCUUCCAGAGGUCAGCUACCGCACGCCUCAACCGCAGUACGCGCGCUAAGUAAUUUGGGAAGUAGGAAUUGGUCGAUUGGUUCGACUAGUUCCACGCCCGGCCACUCGCAGCCAUCUUCGCCUAUGCGAAAAGACGUCUCGCCGUUCAGUUUUCCGACGGAGACUCGCCUGUCGGCCUUCGGGGUUCCCAAGAAGGAAACUUACACCUCGCAGAAGAUACAGAAGCUAGUGCAAGAUCGAGCCUACGCCAUAGAAGGAGAGACCGCUCGUUCUCCCGUUAUAUAUCCCACUAGUCCGUUGAGAGUAAUCGCGAUGAAUGAUUGUAAUAACGUGCUCGGUUCGAUUCAGAGAAUUGAGUCGCCAGUAAGUAGAGAGGACGAGGAGGUUCUGGAAAUUGUGCGGCGGGGUGUAAUGGACGGGGACGCUGACCUGCGCCAAUGUGACAGUGUACUGCAGGAAGGGGAAGGUGGGCGCGGCACCGAGGUUGAUCUGGAAGAAUGUGAACAGGACCAUGGCUCGCCGUGUACCGCCGGAGGUUUACAUAUGCCGAAUUCUAGGUCGAUGAACGAUUUUGCGAAGCGUGUACGCCGCCUCCGUUACCACAGCCAGUGUGCUACUGAACCCGAGGUAGCUGAGGCCUCAACUGGCAGCAGUCCUGGAAAAUGUGAACCAUUUUUGAGCAACACAGUGCGACGAGCGAACUCGUGUCCGGAAAUAAAAAAAGAAAUGAAGAAAAGUCCUUUGGUUCCUACGAAAGACAAUAUAAAUAAACCUUUGGUGGAGGCCGACGAGGAUGUUAAGGAUGGAGAAGUUAAGCACACGCAAAAAAAUCUAUCGACAACCGAGACACAGACUGAAAAUUUUUGGCCGAUGCCCUACGAACAUUUAUUUUUGGGAAUCUUUCCUUCCUUGGAUGCUUGUGAUAUUAAACCUAGUCCCGCGCCGAGUCCUGCACCUUUAAACGUACAAGAUAAGUUUUCGACUGUUUCUCCUUAUGAGAUUUUAGAUAAGUAUAUAGACAUAGCCGGUCGUGUGAACGAGCGCGAUUCAAUUAAAACCACCCGAGAUCAGCUGUCCCUUUUACAUCAGCAGUUACUCUUCGAAAGACACAGGCGCGAAAUUCACGCCUUAAAGAAUCGUCGCCUAUUAGCGGAUGCCAAAAAUACUAAAGCUUUAGAAGAACACAACUCUGCACUGAGAGACCAGGUCCAGCUACAGCAAAAAGUUAUUGACAAUCUAAAGGAGCAGUUGGAAAGCUCCAAGAGCGAAUUGCAUUACAAAUUGCGGCAUGGUUUGGAAACUGCCCACAUAUGGGAGGAGAAGUAUAUUUCUAUGCAAGAAGAAAAUAGACUUUUAAAUCAGCAAAUUGAAAAUGAACAAAAAGCUAGCGAUAAUCUUAAAUCGGACAUAACACAGCUAAAUAAACUGUGGCAACAAUCACAAUCAUCUCUGUUAGAUGCCGAAGCCGAAGUCAAGAUCGCCAAAGAACAAGCGUGGGCAGGCGAAAACAUUAAAGCGGAAUUGGAAAGCGUCAGUAAACAACUGUUAUUGUCCGGGGAGAUGCAGCAUCGCUACCAGGAAAAGUUGGCGCAGCUACCGUUGCUGCAAAGAUUUGAACAUGAAUAUCUUCGUAGCACUGAUACUUACACUAAUGAAAUUAAAAAUUUGCAACAGUUAGUUGAAACGAAAACGACGCUUCUGGAAGCAGCCCGUUCCAGGAUUGGUGAAUUGGAACAGCUUUUGUGUCACUGUGACGAAAGCACCGUCAGACAGAAACGUCUUCUGAGCGAAGUUGCAGAAGAGUACGAAGAGAAACUGAAGGCACUAGAAAGUAAAUACCUAACUCAAUUGACAAUAAGUAGAGUGAAUGACGAGCGAAUUUUGGAAUUAUGGCAACGAAUCGAACUACUAAUUCGUCAUCCCGUUCACUCCCCCGACACCAGCAGUUGUCACGAAGUGCACGCCACAAUAACCGACAAAACUAGUAUUGCUACGGGCCUAAGUCCACAUUCGUCCCCCUUAUCAACUUCUCUAGCGUCUUCUGAGGGUAGUGUCGCUUUCGGUCAUUCUGAUAUGAAAAACUUGCAGAAUUUGUUAGAUCAAAAGGAGACCCUUUCCCCAACCAGCAAAGCAGCGGAAGAGUUAGAUGUUACGCUUUUAGGCGCAGUAAGUGUGCCACAGCCUUCGUCGUCGUCGUCAAUAAAGCAGGACUGAUUUCAAAAGCAUAGCUUGUUAACUGUAAAUGGUAGUAACAUAUUAAUUUUGAAUCCCCUUCAAAAAGUGGAAGAAAGUGUAAACAAGAACAAGGAAAUUCUUCAAUUGUGUUUUAUGUAAAUUAUUGAACAGAUACUGUUAUAAAUUGAUAAUUAAUGUUAUAUUAAUCAUUUUUAAACUGGUUUUUACAAA